UCGAAGAGUUGGCCGGCCUCAGGCAGGCCGCAGUGUACCUUUAACUUCUUGUCAUUUGGACGCAUCAUGUAAAGCUGGAGACAAACUGCAUUUCACACUGGGAAACCAUUUGGACUACAAAGAGCGCAAGGAUCGACGCUAACAGUUGGCAGGGUCAAAAUGUCGCCGUGAGAUUGGCUGCAUUUUCCCCUCUGCUGCUGAAAAGAAAAACUUUCCAGCCUUUUUUUUUUAUUAUUUUUUUUGUACAAAAUAUGUACGUUGGAUACUUACUCGAUAAAGAAAGCGGGAUGUAUCACCAAGGGCCAGUAAGAAGAUCGAGCAUCAAUCUUCCUCCACAGAACUUCGUUUCGUCUCCACAGUACCCCGACUUUACAGGAUACCAUCAUGUGCCAAACAUGGACACGCACGCACAAUCCGGGGCCAGUUGGGGACCCUCAUAUGGCGCCCCGAGAGAGGACUGGGGUGCAUAUAGUCUUGGACCUCCUAACAAUCUUCCUCCCCCCAUGAACAACUCAUCUCCUGGACAAGUUCCUUACUGUUCGUCCGAGUACAGUCACAUGCACCCCCCCGGAGCUGCGGUGCUGCAGCCGCCGCCGGACAACGUUACUGUUGCACAGCUUUCUCCUGAGAGAGAAAGGCGCAAUUCAUACCAGUGGAUGAGCAAAACUGCACAAGCAUCUUCUACUGGUAAAACAAGAACGAAGGAGAAAUACAGGGUAGUGUACACAGACCAUCAGAGGCUGGAGCUGGAGAAGGAGUUUCACUUCAACAGAUACAUCACCAUCAGGAGGAAAUCCGAACUGGCUGUCAACCUGGGUCUGUCGGAAAGACAGGUGAAAAUAUGGUUUCAGAACCGCAGAGCCAAAGAGAGGAAGCUGAUAAAGAAGAAAUUGGGUCAGUCCGACGGCAGCAGCGGGUCUGUGCACAGUGACCCGGGUUCGGUGAGCCCUCUGCCGGUGCCGGGCUCCCUCAGUCCCACGGAGAUCCACAGCUCUCUGUACCCUCCUCAGGGAAUGAACACCUUGCCGUCUAUCAGGAAUAUCCAGCAGGUGUCUGUGACUCAGUAGAACAGUCCAAAUGCGGACCGUCCGGUCCGCCACCUCUCCUAAACUGAGCACUCCAACACGCUGACAUGCGGGACACUUGAUGGGCAGCAGAAGGAUCCGAACUCCCAAACCGCUUUGCUAUUUUUUUUGUUUGUUUGUUUGUUUGUUUUGUAUUACGACAUGCUGGAGGCUCUUGAAAUAUUACUUUUAAUAGAAUAGUUCUAAUGAAGUGGGAAAUUUUUUUUCAACUCCAAAUAAAAAAAAGUCAACAAAAAAUAAUGAUAAAAAAAAUCUUUAAAUUGUUUGUGAGUUUAUAAGACAUAAAUAUGGUGCAUUGUUUGUGAGGAAGUGUAUGUGCUUGAUAAAAUUUAAGAAGAAAAAAGUCAUUCCGGUAAAGUUUGAACCGAUGCGUUUACUUGACAAAUCAUUUUUCACUUGUUUUUAGCACAAGGGCAGCUUUUAAUGAUGCGGGUAUAUUGUCGUCUAAUGGCAACUUUAUAAAUGUAAAUAAAGUGU